UUUCUGUAACACACACGCUACAUGAACACACCGGGAAAAACGGAGAGAGGAAAGAAAAUAAGCGAGAGAGGGAGAGAGAGAGAAAAGGAAACACCGCAGCCCCUGCGUCCGUCCGUGCGUCCUUUGGUUGGUUGUGUUGUGUUUUGUUUUUUUUGUUUGUUUUUUUUUUGUUUUUUAAAGAAAGCGUCUUUUCGUUGAAAAACGCAGACUUGCGGACUAACAUGGGAAGCUGCUGAUGAGGAUUGACUUUCAGUGAACCUCUGCUCUGUGGUACAAGUCUGUGGCUAAUAGGGAGGAAAAAGGCGACAGGGAAGACAUGUUGAGGGGUUUUUCGUCUUGAGGUUGCGGCAGCGUGUUAAAACACACGGCUCUCGUAGAGGAAGAAAAAAAAAGAGGGCAAAUGGAAACUGGGCGGUAGGCGAAGCUCAGGAGCCAUUGUUUUGAUCGGUGUUUGCUUAAUUGGUUUGUUAUGAUCUGAAAUAACGUAGGCCUCUUAGGCAGCCCCGCAGUAAAUAAAUACACGGUCAGCAGACAGGGGCUACACAGCUGCAAAAUAACCCGCAUUGUUUUUAAACUGAGCCGCUGUGCUUUGGAAUAAGGAGAAAGCAGUGUUUAUAGUUCGUUUUUAGGUGCAAAUUCUUAACCAGGGAAGCAAAACAUUUCCAGAUACAUCAACUCUUAAAGGGGGGCGGGGGGGGGGGAUCAUACAAAGGCCCAGUGAAAAACACAGAGAAGGCUACUUGGCAUAUUAAAGUCAAUCCAACACCGACUUGCUUUACGCACAGAGGUGCACCGGAUUAGGUUUUUAAAGACCCAGUUUAGCUGAAGGAAGGGAACAACAGAAGAUUUUUAAAUGUUAAUGUCGACCGACGUUGCAUCCAUCAUGCUGCCUGUGUCCCGGGGUCUCAUAGACCGGGAUAGAGAGCUGGAGACCAUGGCCGGGGUGCAUCCCAACCCGGGCGGCGCUCCGGCAGCUGUCCGGGGCAUGAAGCGCGGAGACCCGGAGCCCGACGGACAAACAGCGGCGGCUCUGGUGGACUCGGCCGGGGCGGAGUGCAAGCGUCCCCGCAUCGACGGCUCAGGAGGGAUCGGCGAGGUUGGUCAGAACAACGAUCCUUUGACCCUCGGUUACCAUGGAUACCCGUCUCACAGUCAGGGCUCUCAGGAUAGUGCUGGCGGUCAGGAGGGACUCGUACCCCCACCUUUCUCCGCGUUCCCACCUCCUCCACCACCGCCCCCCCAGAACGGCCUGGCCCUGGAUUACGGGGGCAGCCUGUACGCAGCAGGGGCCGUCCAGGGCCCCGUGGAAGCCGGCGGAGCAGCGAACAGCGCAGCCAACGCCGCCAACAGCCUCAGUGCCCAACAGUCAGAUGGAUCAUCCCAGAUUGACGGCCAGUCUGGGGUUGGCUCGGGUGGAGGAGGCGGUGGGGGGAGCGUCGGGGACGAUUCGGACGCCAAGGGGACCCCCAAACGCCUCCACGUAUCCAACAUCCCCUUCCGCUUCCGAGAUCCAGACCUAAGACAGAUGUUUGGGCAAUUUGGCAAAAUCCUCGAUGUUGAGAUCAUUUUCAACGAGAGGGGUUCCAAGGGCUUCGGUUUUGUCACAUUUGAGUCGAGUGCAGAUGCAGAGCGAGCCCGAGAGAAGCUUCACGGUACGCUGGUGGAAGGGCGUAAAAUCGAGGUUAAUAAUGCCACAGCCAGAGUGAUGACAAACAAGAAGAUGACAACACCAUACUCUAAUGGAGAGGGUCUUGCAGCACUACCGUAUGCUGGAUGGAAGUUGAGUCCCAUGGUUGGCGCCAUGUACAGUCCUGAGCUCUAUACAGUACCGGGGUUUCCAUACCCGGCAGCAGCAGCAGCUGCCUCCACUGCUGCGACCUUUCGAGGCGCUCAUCUCCGGGGUCGUGCUCGGCCCGUCUACAGUGCAGUUAGGGCAGCCGUCCCACAACCUGCCAUCCCGACCUACCCAGGUGUGAUGGCCUAUCAGGAUGGCUUUUACGGUGCAGCUGAUCUCUAUGGUGGCUAUGCAGCUUAUCGUUACGCCCAGCCGGCUGCAGUAGCAACUCCUGCAGCAGCAGCUGCAGCAGCGGCAGCUUACAGCGACAGCUAUGGACGAGUUUACACAGCAGACCCCUACCAUGCUGCACUUGCCCCGGCUGCCUACGGUGUUGGAGCCAUGGCCACGCUGUACAGGGGAGGCUACAGUAGAUUUGCCCCUUAUUAAAGACACUACAUUUCCCAGGAGCUCGUCUCUUCCAUUGAAUUUCUCUGAAAGAGCUCCCCCUGUUGUCGUGGAGGUGGACUGCACCCAGUUUUACAGCGUGGAGUCAACCACAACGAAGAUAUUUCAGAUCCCACCCCAGAGCAGUCCCACGUUUUCUUAUAUACGCUACUACAGAAAUAGAGGAAUGCUGUAUUAAAGACUGAAGGAAGGCCUUUACAUUAAAAAAAUAACUUUAAAAAAAAAAUAAAAAGAAGAAAAAAUUAAGACUUAAAGUGGCCACCUUCCCUAUUGCACGGCUGUAUUAUAGUCUCCCCCUUCUUAUUUCCUCGGCACUCAGCAGCACAAGAUUUGGGAUGGAGCCCAGAUGUUCUUCCAAAGGCUGUAUGUGGACAACUGACAUUUAAACAGCUGUCACCCCUGUAAGAGAAAGAGCUGAGCUGAACUGUGUGGCCUGCACACACUCGGCAUUUAAGGAAAAAGAGAAGAAAACAGGCAAUCAAGGUAUCCACAAAACAUCAGGGCGGUAGGAAGGAAGGAAAGAAGGAAGGAAGGAAGACGGUGCACUGAAAGAGCACCUGAAAACAUUUUUGAACCAGAAUGACGAGUCGCUAAAAUGAUAAAACAACCCACUGAUGGAUUUUAUAAUUCCUCCUUAACGUGGGUGGAUAGUAAUGAGAGGAUUUCCAGUCCUGCUGUGUUCUGGCAGAAGGGAAACCGAACAUGACGAGAUGGGAGAGAGGAUGAUGUGACGGUUUAUAACGCUACAGAAAUCACGUCCAAAAGCUGAAGGAGGGAGGGUUAUUAGAGCUGUUCCUUACCUCAAGUUUUCUUAGUAUGUGGAAAUGGUAAACCUUUAAACUUAAAAAUUGUUAUGAUAUGCAAAGAAAUUAGUUUAGAGAAAAAAAAGUUACCAAAUUAUUAUUAUUAUUAUUAUUAUUAUUAUUAUUAUUAUUAUUGUAGUUAUUCUCAUUCUUAUUCUUACUGAACCAUUAUUUUGUUUGCAGAUUUAACAGUGAACCUUGGGGUUAAAAUCAGAUAAUAAGCAUCUAUAUUACAAAUCCUCCACCUUCCAGCUAUAUGACACGGCUAUAGUCUCACAUUGUCCUGCUCAUGCACAGGAUUUCACUACAUUCUGGUGUGCAGCCGUCACUUAACACUACAUAAAGUGCUACACUACGCUUGUUUUAGUUGAGUUUACAUCCAGACUAAAUCCUCCACCCACAACCUUGGGGUUCAAGUAUUUUUUGAUCCAUUUUAAAUGUAGAGAUUUAUUAUUUGGAUUUUCCCCUCAUGCUCCAUCUUUUCUAGAGAGUCCAACAUUGAACGAGUCUUCCUGAAACAUACUUUAGUUGGUGAAUUGUGUUCGAGAUGCUGCCAGCAGCGAUUACUGAGCAAGAGAGAGAGAUUUAGUCAGCGAGUCAAUAGUAAAUAUUUAAAUGCAAAACACCUUACUAUUGUGGAUAUUUCUAUACCAUUGUAUUCUAUAUUUCCAAAACGUGGCUUUUUUGGCUUUUGUUUUUGUUCCAAAGACUUGUAGAAAGCACAUUUUUCUGCCGUAUGUAUAAAUAUAUUA